AGCUAGGGUUAGAGGCAGCCGGUGAGGCUAGAACCCCGAGCGUGGUCGGUUGGAGAAAAUAUGUCUGUCCGGAGGCACAUUGGGGAUCCUGAGUAUCUGACGAAAAGGAUACCACAGAACCCAAGGUAUCAACAUGUCAAGACAAGACUGGACACUGAUUACAGAUACAAAAAAGAUGAGCUUUUCAAGAGACUCAAAGUUACAACUUUCGCCCAGCUGGCCAUUCAAGUUGCUUCCCUGUCUGACCAAACACUGGAAGUAACAGCUGAGGAGAUCCAAAGGCUAGAAGACAAUGAUUCUGGGACGUCAGACCCGGAUGUGGAAAACACCGCCAAGACCAAUGGGAAAGGGAGCCCCAGUGAACAGUCCUGUAGUCCCAUCCAGUUCAUAAACAACACCGGAGCUGGGGACUCCAGCCGCUCUACACUGCAGAGCGUCAUCAGCGGUGUCGGGGAGCUGGAUCUGGACAAAGGGAUAGUGAGGAAAGCAGAGCCCAACACCAAAGACAAACCUUAUCCUGACUGCCCCUUCCUGCUGCUCGAUGUGCGAGACAGAGACUCUUACCAGCAGUGCCACAUUGUUGGAGCUCACAGUUACCCAAUUGCAACUCUUUCUAGAACAAUGAACCCCUACUCAAAUGAUAUUCUUGAAUAUAAAAACGCCCACGGCAAGAUCAUCAUCCUGUAUGACGAUGACGAGAGGCUGGCCAGCCAGGCGGCCACCACCAUGUGUGAGCGCGGCUUCGAGAACCUCUUCAUGCUCUCUGGAGGUCUCAAAGUCUUAGCUCAGAAAUUUCCGGAAGGACUGAUCACUGGUUCCCUGCCAGCUUCCUGUCAACAGGCCCUCCCACCUGGUUCUGCCCGAAAAAGGUCCAGCCCCAAAGUGCCACCCCUACCUGCUGAGAAUAAGUGGAGAUUUACCCCAGAAGAUUUAAAAAAGAUAGAAUAUUACCUGCAAGAGGAGCAAGGUCCUGCUGAAAAUCCUGGCCGGCUGAGCCAAGCAAACUCUUCUGGAAGAGACUCCAAGGGUGGAAGAGACUCCAAGGUUCCUGCUGGCACCCCGAACCCCCGCUUGCUCGGCAUUGGCCCCCCACAAAGCAAGCCCUGGAAGUAA